AUGCAGCACAUACGUGAACGUACAGUCAGCAUUAGUCCACAAACCCCUGAGAUUCUCGAAAUUGUUAAAGAUAGUACAUCUAGAGUGGACACAGUUUCCGAAGAUCACUUAGAAACUAAAAUACACCUAGAAUACUUUUGCUGUUGUGACUGUCACAAAGAAGAAGCUCUCAAAGAUGUAAUUGACGGAAACACACCAAGAUUUAUCGACCCGAAGAUUUUUGAAAUACGACUGACUCAAAAGGAAGAAGAAUUACGAGAACAGUUUAAGAUAACUUUACAGAAAGAAAUAGCCUAUUUGAGAGAGAGAUUUAAUUUUAUUCUGCAAAAUGAGCAAGUACGCACUUCGUAUAUGCUCCGCGAAGCUCAUCGAGAGAGGAAGGAGAAGGUAGCUGCACUACAGACGCAACUGGAAUGCAAGAAUAUGGCCGGACUGAUGUAUGUCAUGUGUUCAGAACGGAUGAAGAGCAAGAUGGAGAAGUUACAGAUUAUUGAAAAAUACACAAAUUAUAUUAACAUGCUGAACGAUAUACUAGUGGAAGGCCAAAAUUUGAUUCUCGAUCUCUCUCGUGGGUACAAAACUGCUGCAAGAAUCGAUUACGAAUGGAGAGAAAAAAUGAAAAAAGUUGUUGGAGAGUUUCAAGGUUUUGUAUGCCAUUUCACCAAAAGUACGCCAGAGCAAACGCAAUACUUCUUUGACUUACCUAAUCUUUUAAAAACGGAAGCAGCUGUAGAGGACGAUCCUAAUGAAGAUCCCAUCGAAGAGGAAUCAUCGAUGCAGCUCACUACACCUGAAUCGGACAUAAAUAAAUCAUGGUGGGAACGACUGGAAGACACAAGCCGACCUUUUGUCGUGUACGGAGACAUGGCAGACUUCAAACCGCCGCAACGGCGCGAAACUUUAAAACGAAUCAAAGCCGCCAAAACUGCGCCAAAGAAAUGGAAAGAAUACACCUUCCACGAUAUGUUCAUACAUUCGGACUGUCCGAAUAUGGAUGCUAUCAAAGACGAUUACUUUGACAAACUACCGGACCCGAGCAAAUGGGACUGCAUGUCAGACACCUUCAACCAGAGUACCCGAGGGGAAAGUAAGGCACCCAGCCGAAGAGGCACGGCCACUAGUGUCGAUAUGAGAGGGAAUAUGGGAUCUAUACUGAAGAUUAUCACUGCAUCGGGCCUCAACCACCAACCUGUGACCAAAGCCAAUCUGCUGGGAGCCAGAGACUCCAUGGAGAUAGCAUCUACAACGAAACUGCGCGAAAAACGUCAUUCAGUGGUUGAAAAUGAGAAUAAGAAUAAAGUUUUGAAAGGAUUUAAGAGCGCUGUCUGUGAAGACUCUGACGAAAAUACCUCAGACAGUGACGACCGUAAAGGACAAGCGGCACAGUCAACUACUAAACAAGAAGAGAACGAACCUAGCGUUCCUAUACUUCACAAAAACCACACGGACAGUUUGACUGUGGUCAACAAACAUGUGCCCGAAAGGGACCACAAGAUAAACUACGAAAAGAUCUGUCCAAUGGAAGAAUGCAAGCGGAUGCAUGUAGAUGAAUUCAUGAAGUCUCUCCCGUCUUACAUGCACCAGAACCCUUACACGUAUGUGGAACAAAGCUACGAGAAUUAUGAGGCGUGCACACCAGAGCAGCUAGAGAUCCUCAAGCAGCGUAUAGCAGAGAAGAACAAGAGAGAUAAGGAUAGGGCAGUGCCCGAGAGGGAAGAGAGUGCCACAACGGAGUGGGCAGAUAGUGUCCAGGGAGUGGCGGUGCAGACGUCGGACCUGUCGUAUCUGAAUACGGACCUGCCGCCGUGCACCUGCAGGGAUUCAAUCCCGUCAUCCGAGUCCGGACCUGGGCAGACUUAUAACUUGGAAGACCUGAUCCCAGUGAAGCAGAAUCUGGACCGGAUCACCAAGGAAUGUCUAUUUGACAGCCAAGUACAGUUUGACAGGUUUAAAGUUGUCGGGCAGGAGAGCAGUGCCAGCAUUAAACCAGACUCGCCGAACUUCACGUCUUCAAGACUGCAGGAGAUCAGGAAGAUUCUCAAGAAACAUCCCAGUCUCUGUGAAAUUUUCCAAGCCAAUACUAGAUGUUAAAAGAGUGAAACUACGUUUCCUCUUGAGUGGAAUUGGAGUAGGCUUUAGAGCAGCAAAGAAUUCCGCGCUCGGAAUGCCAAGUUGCUCAGAUUAACAAAGAUUUUUGCGCCCAAAUACCCGUGGUGGUUAGAGCAACAAAGAUUUUAGCUCCCCGAAACCCGUGGUGGUUAUAGCAACAAAGAUUUUAGCGCCCGGAGACCCGUGUUGGUUAAAGCAACAAAGGUUUCUGCGCCCGGAGACCCUUGUUGCUUUAUGAAGUAGACGGAUCAUUGGCAAUCACGGGAUUCUUAAUUUCAUAGCAACGUUUGGGGGAUUACGGAGGGAGAUGUGCAGGACUUGGCCCAUCAUUGCAAGGCAGAGAGCGACAAAAUGUCUUCUCUCUCUUUCACAGAUAGGGAUCAAUACAAUAAAAGAAUUCCCUUCGCUCUAUUCGCUCCGAUUACACUCAAGCUGAUGCGCAGCUUAAGCCGUUUAUGUUCAAGCUUAUUUUAUAGUGUUAAUAUAGGAAGUUGGAGUUUUAGAUGUCCAAUAACUCAAGGCAUUUCAGUUUUGAAGCUUAUCCUUAAGCUUAGCCUAUAAGUAAUCAAUUAUACAGUUUCUUUCAUUGAGAAAUAUUUAGGAU